AUGGACCGGUUUGAAGAUGUGUUGGAUGGUGAAGUGGAUCAUGCUUUCUUUGACAGUGAUUUUGAAGAAGAGAAGAAGAAAGAUGAAGAAAAUUAUGAACAUGUAGAGAAAGAAAAUACAAAGGCAGCUCUUGCAGCCACUGGUUUGAUUUCUAAUUCAAAGGAUGCCAAGUGUUGUGAGGAGGAAAGUGAAGAAAAACAGAAAGAUUUGCAGAAGGAUCAGUCCCUAGAAAACAGCACAGACCAUCUUGGAGAUGCUUCAUCUUUGCCACUUUCUCCAGUUCUGGAGAAUGCAGGUACAUCUGGAGUGACAUCUGCAGCAAGUAAGGGAACACAUGAGAAUAUUCCUGGUGGAAUCCCCAAAAUAGUUAAAGAAGGUGAAGAAGAUUAUUAUACAGAUGAAGAAGAUAGUAGUGAUGAUGGCAAAAAACAGAAGGUUAGGCCAAAGUCAGCUAAGCAGUCAAACAACAUAAAAAAGGCUGGCAAAAAAUAUACUAAUAUCAGCUCCUCCUUGUCUUCCUCCUCCUCUUCCUCCUCUUCCUCAUCCUCAAGCUCAGAUACGGAUUGUUCUGAUACAGAUUCCGAUAGCUCUUUAUCAGAUUCAUCUCAUUCUUCCUCAAAGAGGAAUGCUUGUAGGAACACCCUUCUGUCUCCAAAACAAAAAUUCAAGUCAGCAAUUAAAUUAGGAGAAGGAAAACCAAAGCUCGGUGACUACUUGGAGGAGUCUGAAGACACAGUAACUGACGUAACACCUCUGUCAACUCCAGACAUCAGUCCUAUCCAGUCUUUUGAACUUGCAGCAUCAAAUGAGAGGAAGCUGAAAAUAAAAAGACAGGAAAAUGUGAACCAAGAAUUAUAUGAUUCCGAGUUUGAUCGCAGAUACAGUCGAAAAGUCCUGCAUGAUGCCAUGGACCUGAAUCAGCUUUUGAAAGUAAAUAGUACUGAUUUUACAGUGGAAAGAAGCAGCAUAUGUAUGAGCAUGUGUUGGUAUACAACCUUUCCUGUGAGUAGAAAUGAGGAUUUUACUUCUAUGGAAAUUAUUCAGAUGGUAAGAAAAGCAGAGCUAGCCAUCAAGAAGGUAUAG